AUGCGUCCUCACUACCUUCUCGCAUUGUUUGCUCUACUCGUUCCUCUUGUCAGCGCUGCGAAGGGCUCUUGGAAACCCGUAAACAUCAGCGACCCGUCGGUGGUAGAACUCGGAAAGUGGAGUGUUUCUGAGUUCAACAAGGAUGUCACACUCACAAAACAGUUGGUGUUUGAGAAAUUGGUUUCGGGUGGCUCCGCCGUAUUCAAAGCAGGCAAAUUGUAUGCGCUUCUUUUUGCGGCUAGGAAUGAAUCGUUGGCUGAUUCCGGCGACAACUACUUGGCCGGUGCCUGGGUGCAAUGGUCGGGAAAAAAGAGAUUGAUUGCCUUUUACAAGCACAAAGGCCGUAAAAACUAA